AUGCAGUCGGAGACCAAGGUACAGGCGAGAUUCAACGUCGAAAACGAUUCGUGGUUACCCCCGGAAGUCAGAGACAAGUUCAGAAUCACACGAACUGGUGACUUCGUAGUAGAGUCGGACGAGUAUGCAAGCCAGGACCAGAACAGAAAGGCCUGCAUCGAGAAGAUAAAAGCGGCUAUACGCCAGGCAGAGCAAUACGAGCCGGAAGAAAAGCUAUCUUUUCUAGAGCAGAUAGAGCGUGAAAAGUCUCCAAAGGAGAUACAAGAGUACAAGCAAAAACGAAGAGAAAACAAACGCAAGCUCAAACAAAUCGGGCAUAAAAGCCUGCACGAUUUCUGA